AGACCACAGAGUACAUUUUCACUGACGGACGGACUUCGUUUACGCCGGCGACUGUUGUUUUUUACUGAAAACCUGAAAUAAAAUACCUAUACAGAUUCGGAAAAGUAGAAGUAGAGGUAGUAUUUGUUCUAGUUUCAUUAUCUAGUUCAUAUGAAUAAAGUGCAGUGCAUUUGGGUUAUUAUUUUUUUCUGAAAAUGAAAUAUAUUAAUACGAUUUUGCAAAUAUUACUUUUACUAAACGUUUGCUUCGCAACAUUAUCUCCACCCACCGAUAAAAAGGCUCAAAAAACAGUGAAAACUCAGGAAGGACCCCGAAAAAAUAAUGUUCUGGAGCGGAAACUUGUUUCGGAAAAUCCUUUGGCGAGAGAUAUUAUAAAGUACCAUGGGACGUACCAUCAAGACGUGUCUUUUCGUAAUUUUAAGGGUUCUGUGCUUGGCUAUGUUACCCCUUGGAAUAACAAAGGAUAUGAGGUAGCCAAAACCUGGGCAUUAAAGUUUAACUAUGUCUCCCCGGUGUGGCUGCAAAUCAAGCGACAGGCACCCAACAUAUACAUCAUCACAGGCCUGCAUGAUGUAGACCAUGCAUGGAUGAAGUCUGUCAGGCAGAAAGGAUCAAAUAAUAAUUUAAAAAUUUUGCCAAGAAUCAUCUUUGAGAACUGGCAAGUAUCAGACUUGAAAGCUUUCUUCCUCGAGCCCACAAGCCAUUCUGAGCAAAAAGCUUUUAUUGAUGAGAUCAAGAAAGUCUGUAAGCAAUGGAAGUUUGAUGGAGUGGUGUUGGAGAUGCUAUCGCAGAUUGGAAAGUAUGCUGAAAAAUCUGUAAAGUUUAUCCAGCAAUUUGGAAUGGAAAUGACAGAGGAUGACUACCUUCUGAUUCUGGUGUACCCACCAUUCCGUGGUUAUCCCACUGAUGAGUUCUAUAUCCAAGCAUAUGAUGACAUUUAUCCAUAUGUUGAUGCUGUGUCAGUUAUGACUUAUGACUUUUCUAGUCCACAAAAACCAGGUCCCAAUGCACCAUUAUAUUGGAUGAGACUUUGCCUCGAUAAAUUAAUAGAAAAUGAUCAAAACACUUUGAGAAGGUCGAAAAUAUUGCUUGGAUUAAAUUUCUAUGGAAACUCUUAUACGGCGAAUGGAGGCGGUCCUAUUGUAGGCACAGAGUAUAUUGAACUGCUGAAGAAUGCAAAGAGUAACCAGGCAUUGUCCUUUAAUAAUAAUACUGCUGAAAACUAUAUUGAAAUAAGGACUUCUCAAGGCGCCAAGAAGAUAUUCUACCCCACCCUCUACUCCAUACAAAAGAGGCUAGACUUAGCUCGGGAGUACGGCACGGGCAUCGCCAUAUGGGAGCUGGGACAGGGUUUAGAUUAUUUCUAUGAUUUGUUUUGAUCUCUUGUGAUAUUAUUUUUAAGCCAAUAAAAUGUAUUUAAUUCA